AUGUACUACCUUACUGCUACCCUCGUGGGCUAUGCCGGUAAGGCUGCCAGCACAGUCGCUGCUGUCGCUGCGUCGCCGCUGCCGGCUCUUGCCCUCGAGCUGGCUGCCCUCUACCUCGUUGCCCGCUUGGCAUGGGCUGGCUUUUGGUGGCUCUGGGAUCUCGGAGACAGCUACACGCACUACACUCAGCUGCGUCCGGUGGCCUCGCGUGCCCGCUCGGUCUCGCUCCCGCCCGCCCGCCUCAUCGAGUGUGUCGACAAGGGCACCGGCGAGGUGCUCGGCGCCGUCCCGGCCAUGUCGGCCGACGAGAUCAACGCUGCCAUCGAGACUGCCGUUGCCGCUCAGGCCUCGUGGGGUCGAUCGUCGUUUGCUGCCCGCAAGCGUGCGCUGCAGGCCCUCCUCGACAUGACUGUGGCCAACCAGGAGGAGAUCUGCCGGUACUCGGCCCUUGACUCGGGCAAGACCAUGAUGGAGGCUGCGUUUGGCGAGAUCCUCACCGUCGCUGAGAAGCUUCGUUGGACCAUUGCCAACGGCGAGGCUGCACUUGCCUCCGAGACCCGCUCGCCGGGUUUUAUGAUGCACAAGGGUGCUCAUGUCGAGUACCGCCCGCUGGGCGUCAUCGGCAUCAUCUGCCCCUACAACUACCCGUUCCACCACAUCCUCUCGCCGCUCGCCACCGCGCUCUUUGCCGGUAAUGCCGCCGUCAUUAAGGUCUCCGAGUGGACGACCUGGUCACUCCACGCCUCGUACGCCCGCCUGGUCAACGACGCGCUCGCUGCAGCAGGUGUUCCCGACGGCCUCGUCCAGUUUGUGACUGGCUACGGCGACGCCGGCGCCGCCAUUGUCGCCUCGCCGCUUGUGGACAAGAUCUUCUUCACCGGCUCACCGGCGACUGGCAAGAAGGUCAUGCUCGCUGCCGCCGAGACGCUUAAGCCGGUCAUUCUCGAGCUCGGCGGUAAGGACCCGCUCAUUGUGUGUGAUGAUGCCAACUUUGAGCUCGCCUUCCAGUACGCCUGCCGCGCCUUCCUCGGCGCCGGUCAGGGUUGCAUCUCGUGCGAGCGCGAGCUUGUCCAUGUCUCGCACCUCGACACCUUCCUCGCCCGCAUGAAGGCUGUCGCCGAGGCCAUGCGCGUCGGCCCGCCGCUUGAGGCCGACCAGGACAUGGGCGCCAUCACCUUCCCUGGCCAGAUCGACAUUGUCCAGCGCCUCGUCGACGACGCCGUCGCCAAGGGCGCCACCCUCGUCACCGGCGGCAAGGCCCUCAAGGUCAAGGGCGGCUACUACUACGCGCCGACCAUCCUCACCGACCUCAACGACUCGAUGCGCAUCAUGCACGAGGAAGUCUUUGGCCCGGUCAUGCUCGUCAUUGCCUUUGAGACCGACGCCGACGCCGUCCGCAUCGCCAACGCUACCGAGCUCGGCCUCUCGUGCUCGGUCUUCUCGGCCUCGCCUGCCCGCGCCAACCGCAUCGUCGCCGACAUCAAGUCCGGCAUGGCCGUCGUCAACGACUACGGCAUCACCUACACCAUGCAGUCGCUGCCGUUUGGCGGCGUCAAGCACUCGGGCUUUGGCCGCUUCAACGGCGUCGAGGGCCUCCGCGAGGCUUCUGCCACCGUCGCCGUUGUCACCGAGCGCUGGGGCCUCCCCACCUCGCUGCCCAAGCCGUUCGAGUACCCCAUCCAGAACCACUCGUUUGCGCUCGUCGAGACUGCCAUUCGCAUGGGCUACUCGGCCGGCAUCCUCGCCAAGCUCCGCGGCUUCCUCGACUUUAUCGGCGUCAUCCGCGCCGGCCCGUCGGACGAUGACGCCGUUGUCGUCGAGAACGAGUAG